UGAGUCCCAAUCGCAAUACCUCUUUCAGCAAUGGCGACAACUCCGAUGAUCCCACCUGCCGCCGGCGCAAAUCCGGCCAUGGACGGCAUCACGCCACCAGCACAAGCUCCACCGCCUCCCGGAACUGACAUGACCGGAAUCAGCUUCCGGGACCAGCUAUGGCUAAACACAUAUCCACUCGAUCGAAACCUAGUUUUCGAUUACUUCGCCUUGUCUCCGUUCUACGAUUACUCGUGUAAUAACGAGCAGCUUCGCCUCCGCGCUAUUCACCCCCUCGAUAUAUCACAGCUUUCGAAGAUGACCGGAACAGAGUUUAUGUUGAGUGAAGUAUUGGAGCCGCAUCUAUUUGUCUUUAGGAAGCAAAAGAGGGAUGGCCCUGAGAAAGUGACGCCCAUGCUAACUUAUUACAUUUUGGAUGGUUCAAUAUACCAAGCGCCUCAGCUUUGCAACGUGUUUGCAUCUCGAGUUGGACGUGCUCUGUACCAUAUAUCAAAGUCUUUUAAUACUGCAGCAUCAAAGUUGGAGAAAAUUGGAUAUGUUGAUUCUGAAAACGAGAGUAAAUCCUCUGAAACAAAAGCUGCCAAAGAGACCAUUGACAUUAAGGAACUUAAGCGGCUGGACCAUAUUCUUGCAUCACUUCAACGCAAGGUAUAUUCAUGUGGAAAGAAUAACCGUGCUGUUAAGUCUCAUGUCUGGAGUCUUUGGACAGAGACUAUCUCGAUUCUCGACUGUGACUUAGCUUCAAUUCAAUUUCUUCUUUGCCACCACUGA